AAAGAAAGAAAGAUAGAGAUAGAGUGACAGAACGAGUAAUAAGGUAAGAAGUAGCGGGAAUGCGCAUGCGCAUGCGCAUAAACACCUAGUCUCGAACCGCGACGACCUUUCGCGAGUAUAGUCUUACGAAGGAUCGAAAGGACUACACCCUGUGUUAAAAGAACGGUGAAUUAAUCAAAUUCUGAUAGAUAGAUAGAUAUUUAGUUUUAAUCGUUUAGAUUAAUUGAAUAAAUAACGAAUUUUCAAGUCGUCAAGAUGAGUCUCUUGUUGGAAGAUGAAGAAAUCGACGAAUACAGUGAUGGUACUGUACGAUUGAAAAAUCCCAACAUCGAAUUAAUGGAUCAAGAUAUAUUAUAUCAUCUAGCACUUGGCAGUGGUUCUCACGAUCUUGUGGAAAUGUUUGGCGAUGUUAAGUUCGUUUGCAUGGGUGGUACACCGAAACGUAUGGAACAGUUUGCGAAUUACAUUAUGAAGGAAAUAGGUCACAAGAUUCCAGCUGGAACUACCCUUCUCGACAUCAGCCAGUAUUCUUAUCGUUAUUCCAUGUACAAAGUCGGACCUGUGCUUUCAAUCAGCCAUGGAAUGGGUAUUCCUUCAGUGGGAAUUCUUCUCCACGAAAUUAUCAAGCUGAUGUAUCAUGCAAAGGUCAAGGAUCCAAUUUUCUUUAGGAUUGGUACUUGUGGUGGCAUCGGAUUGGAAGGUGGCACCGUUGUUAUUUCUGAAGAAGCUGUUGAUGGAAUGUUGAAUCCUCAUUUAGAACUGCCUGUCUUAGGAAAAAUAGUUACAAGACCGACGAAGUUUGAUCGAUUACUAGUUCGAGAAUUAAAAGGAUUGGCACAUCGUGACGAUCCUUACGAUACCGUAGUCGGCAAGACCAUGUGCACUUAUGAUUUCUACGAAGGUCAAGCUAGAUUGGAUGGAGCGUUUUGCGAUUUCACGGAGAAUGAAAAGAUGGAUUAUUUAACUAAAAUACAAAAAGCUGGUGUUGUUAAUAUUGAAAUGGAAAGUACACCAUUCGCUGCACUUACUUAUCACGCUGGUAUUAAAUCUGCCGUUGUUUGCGUGACUUUGUUAGAUCGACUCAAAGGAGACCAGGUAAUGGCACCUAAGGAAGUUUUGGACGAAUGGCAAAUAAGACCGCAAAAAUUGGUCGCCCGAUACAUAACAAAAUAUCUCCAACGCAAAGGAAGACUUUCCUUAGAGGGCCAUGGUUCUAUGUGCGUGAAGAGUCCUCGUCGAUUUAAAUUAGUACAACAGGAAUCUGAAACUUAUGAUUAAAGAGAUGUUUUGUAGAUCAAAAAGGGCUAUAAAAGAGAACUGAAAAUGGGAUAAAGAGAAAGAAAAAGAGGAAGGAAGGAAAUUGAGAGGAAGAAAUAGAAAGGGAAAAAAGCGAAAACUUAUCGAGGAAUAAUUUUAAAAUACACAUACGUACAUGCGUAUCAUCUGUGUGUAAAUAUCGUUCUGAAAAAGGAGCCAAAACUUAUAUAAGAUGAUAUAUAUAUAUAUAUAACAGUUACCCGGUUCUGGA